AUGCCGGACACGGCCGGCGGCUCGCGGUCCCGGUCCCUCGGGCUGCCGGGACACGUCCGUGUGGGGAAGGGAGGCGGCCGGGGCCGGCGGCGGCGAGGGAGCAGCGCCGCGGUGCCCGCAGCCGCCGGGGCUCCUCAACAUGUGUGCGGGCGGGGAGGGGCCGCUGCCAGCUCCGCACGCCCGGUGCGGCGGGCAGGGCGGCGGGCACGGCGCGGGAUGCCCGGGGGAGGCAGGGGGCGGUCGGGCGCUGUCCCCGCCCGGGUCGCACCGCGGACCCGCGCUCGCACCUACCUGACCGGGCUCUCCUCGCAGCGAGGGCGGGCUGGGGCGGGGGGGGCCGCCGGACCCUCCCCGGCGCCGCCCGGUCCCGGGGCGGGCGGGCGGAGCGGAGCCGCCGGCGGCGCGGGGGAGACAAAGGGGGAAAUGACGGGGGGGGUGCAGUGUGCGGGGCGGGCGGUGCGGAGCGGCCCCGGGGGCGGGGGCGGCGGUGACUGGGCCGGGUGCCCGGGGCGGGGGCGCGGGCGGGGGCAGCGCCCGGGCCCCUCAGACAAUACAGCCGGGUCCCGCUGCCCAGAGCCUGCCCGGGCCAAGAUGGCGGCCGAGAAAGAGCGGAAGUGA